UGCUAACCGUACAUCUUUCAACCGUCUUAUAACUUUCCAGCCAUUCGGAGCAUCUGCACUGAUCUUAAUACAGUUCUCCGGGCCACUGCCAUAUUCCCAUUUUAUCACACAAGCAUUUUGAGAGAGGGAGUCCAACAAAAGCGGGCUGAAACUUGAACCCUCCAAAAUGCCUUUUGUCACAUCACCUUCUGUCCCAGCUCGGCAUGAGAAUCACAACAGGGGCAAUGGUGCAUUCGCCUUGUCCGCGUCCUCAUCCACAUUUGCAUCAUUCGAGAGACCCAUCCCUAGACCCCCCAGGUCCCCGGGCGCGGCGGGGGAGAUUUGCAAGCGGAAUCGCCGGCGUGCCUAUCUCGAACAGCGCCCCGACUACUUUGACAAUUCUGAACAUGAACUAGCUGCUCCUCUGCUCUAUGACUCUCUGAUUCGCACGUUUCAGACGCCUGCUGAAAGGGAGGCCGAGGGCAAACGUAAAGGGUACUCCGGCGUCCUCGAAGCAGAUCUCCUUCGAGGAGAGGCGAGGCUAGCUAAGCUUGCAAGCGAACCGAACGAGGAGACGGGUCCGAGCCAGAACGACAGGACGGCGUCGUCGCCGGACAGUGCAGACGUUCUGGAAUCCAAUGCGAGGCCGAAUCGCGCCAGCAGCGCCUUCGACCCCGACCUUCCCACUCCGCACUCCAAGGAGGAGGCGAAAAGCAGAUGGAUCGAGUUCCUCACGGACCGAUUCGUCCACGGGCAGGACGAUGACUUCAAUUACGAUGCUGUCGACUUGGACGACAGCUAUGAUGUCCUGGAACGCCGCGACGCCGAGGAUGCCUGGUUUGAGGAGGAACAGCCCAGGUGGGCCAGUGAGCCUGAAGACGACGAAGAGUAUCCUCGUGCCGUGAAGAUGGGGGAGACGGGCAUCCAGGACUUUUGAGGCGGCUUCUGGGGUCUCCGAGCGGUUUGUUACUGUCUAUCCCCCGCCCUUCGAGGGGGGGGAAACCCCCCGACACUAAGAGAUUCCCCGCCAUUCGUAGGUCAGUACUGCAGCAACAGCGAGAUUUACGUCUCGGGUUUGCAUUCGAAGGCGAAGUGAUUUAGCUAGGAGGUGCCUAUGUUUGCUGAACUACGGAUGCACCUUUGACCUCAGAUGAAAAGCACAGACACUAAAAAAACUUCGGGGUAUGCUGCAACUCGGAAUCAGGGCUAGUUGGUAAUCAUUACCAGGCAUUAAGUAAUUCUUGGAGUUUGAGUUUUAUAUAGGUACCUGAUUUGUACGAAGUAUUUGUGUCCGUAAGGUAGCGGUAUUGGGACGACGUAAUUAUGUACCUGGAUACAAACAAGGUGGAAGUUGAACCGGGU